AUGCGGGCGCUGUUUGACGCAAUCCACCAAAAGAAGCAGAAGGUAGAAGCUCUCAAAAAGGAGAACCAGCAGUGGAUACGGAAGGCGGACGAAAUCGUCUCGGAGAAGAAGAGAGCGGAGGAAGACCUACACCAAGGGCUACAGCGUAAAAAAGGAUGCAUAGAGAAACAGAUAGAGAAUCUUAGCGCCUGCUACUUUGCUACCCUCAACAAGGAGGCGAAGAACAGCGGCCAUGCUGCAGUGGAAGAGGCAAAAGAGGUGCCGGAUGCCGAAAUAAUCAAGCAUCUUAGGAGCCAUAUGCAGCCGGCGUUGCUGUUUGGGGAAACGAAAGAGCAGAGGUUCAAACGGCUAUACGAAGUGCGGCUGAAGAACAAUAUCACCAAGCACAAUCAGAAUGUGUUUGUGGAGACCAUAAUAGGCCGUAGCAGAAUCGGAGGGUGGAUCUCAAAAAUGUUGAAGCAAUGGCAACAGGAGGUCAUCGCGAAGAGAGAAGAAGACCUGCAGCAGGGGAAUAUCGCAGAAGCGAAGCGGCGGGAUGCGAUGCUGGCUCAGACGAAAAAGGACCUCCAGCCCCUGGUGCGGCUGCUGAAGACCCAGACACUUGAGGAAGACACACUCCAUAAAAUAUACAAAGUUGUUGAGUGUUGCGAAAAGGGGGAAUAUAAGGAGGCUCAUGAUGCGUACAUGAUACUCGCCAUCGGUAACGCCGCAUGGCCCAUGGGAGUCACCAUGGUGGGAAUCCACGAACGCGCUGGCCGCUCAAAGAUUUGCACCUCGGAGGUAGCCCAUAUACUUAACGACGAGACCACAAGAAAAUACAUCCAAAUGAUCAAGCGGCUGCUCUCGUUCGAUCAGAAGACGGCGCCAGUGGACCCGUCCAAACUGGUGCAGAUAUCGACAUCGCAUAUAUAG